AGCUAAACACAAACACUGCACUAAACAUAAGAAAAGAGUUAAGCGCGGUGGUGGAGAAGCGGCUUAUUUCUUCUUGGAGAUUUUUAUCCAAACACACGAGUUUUGCUUUGGAUUACUCGUGUUACGAGCUCAUUUUCUUACUGCUAUUAAAUUCGCUAGCUCUCCUUCAUUUCCUGUAGCUGAGUUCCGUUAAAUAGGAACAAAAUGCUGCCCUUGUCUUUGCUGAGAACAGCCCAGAAUCAUCCUAUGCUGGUGGAGUUGAAAAAUGGAGAAACAUACAAUGGUCAUCUGGUCAACUGCGACAGCUGGAUGAACAUCAAUCUUCGAGAAGUUAUCUGCACCUCAAGGGAUGGUGAUAAAUUCUGGAGGAUGCCCGAAUGCUACAUCCGAGGCAGUACCAUUAAGUAUUUGCGCAUUCCUGACGAAGUUAUCGACAUGGUCAAGGAGGAUGUGGUAGCCAAAGGUCGUGGUCGCCCUGACAACAAGCCCAGAGGUGGCCAGCGGGGUGGCCGCGGAGGAGCAUUCCAGCGGGGAGGUUUCAAUCAGCGCGGUGGUCCACGAGGAGGUCUCAGUAGGGGUGGUCCAGGUGGAGGUGGCAGAGCCCGCAAAUAAAAUGUACAUAAGACUAAUCACUUGAAA